ACAUCUAAAGAGCCUCACGUUGUGAUCAUAAUAAAGACUCAUUUUAAUUAGAAAUUAGUCAAUUAGCAUAACUUGUACUGGUAAAAAAGUAUCAUUUCUUUUCAAAUCACUCGCUAUUGUAACUUUUUGUACUUUAAAAUGAUUUUGUUUAUGAAUUUGUUUACUUUUAUAUUUCUCUCAAAUUUUAACAUACCCCGGAUAUCAACCGAUUCUAUUUAUGAUCUCCCCUGGACAGUUGACAAAGGUAAUUGGAUAAUAAAAGCAAAGUUAAUCUCGUCAAAUGGUGGAGUUUACGAUAUUCGAGAGUACGUUCAUUCAAGUGAAGUUGUUCGUGGUAAAAUAACUAUAUCAUCAGGAGAUGAUAAGGUGGAUAUUUUUUAUUCCAGUGAAUUGGAGCACGAUAGAUUAGUUAUUCAAAAUCAAAAAUGUAGUAAAUUUACUUCCAAAAACAAAUGGGAUAAUCAUUUAUUCAACAUCGAUUCGACAAAUCCUCUUCUUAAUCAUCUACUGAUGACGGGACCUUCGAUUGUGUUCAGAAUCAAUGGAAAGAACUUUAUCUGGAGACAAGAUGAAGAUACAAAUAUUAACGGAUUUCCGGUCCAUUCUGCAAACUAAACAUUCAAUAGAAAUCUUGAUAUUAUUUACUAUUACAAAACUCAUUUAGAUUCUCCUGGAAUAUUAAAAGCCAAUCGAUUACAAUUCGAUGGUCUGGAUUCAUCUUUCGAACUUAUAACUUCCAGUGAAAUUGUUAACUUAGAUAUUUAUUCAAUUACUAAAACACAGGAAGAGCUUGAUAAAGUUGUAACGGUUACACCAGGAAUCGGUUGUCCCUUGAACCUCAUAACAUCAAAAUCUUAUGACUGGUUUCAGAUACCAGAAAUGGUGGGAUCGAGCUAUCAUUUUAUAGCAAAAACUACUGUUGAUGGACCCAAAAAGUCAAUGACAUUGAGUCAGAUGUUUGUCAACAGUCAAGAUCUUACUACAAGUUUGAAAACAAUUGAACAAGGGAUUGUGACCGAAUCUCUUUACGAUUAUAACUUGGGAACUAUUUAUUCCCUAACAAAAGAGGGUCGUUGUUUGAUCUCCGGCAUUGGUCCAAAUAGUCCAGGAAUAAGUAAGUUUGGGUCUUUCACUCCAUAUGGUUUUCUUAAUUAUCGAGACCUAAAUGGAUACUCGUAUCUUGGUAAAACUUUUAUCAGAUCAGGGUAUGAAGCUCAUGUUUGGGAGAGAGUUGAUUACUACUACGAAUUCGAAGGCAAAAAAUAUGAUAAAUUUGUUACUAGUCAUUAUUUUGUGAAAUCAUCUGGAGCCAAGUUAUUCAAAGAUUUUAUUCUUGUAAGAGAUACAGCAAGUAAUUACAAAGAUGUGAGCACCGAUUCUUAUAAAUUGAUUGAAACCACCACAAAAGACUACUAUCGGUUAGAGAAUAUGGAGUCAGGUCAAGAUUAUGAAGCUGAAUUAUCUCUGCGCUUCAGUGAUUGUUACCAGGAUUCUAAUGAGAGAAAGACUUUGGCGAUUUAUUUUCGCUGUGAAAAUGACGGAGAUGUGGACUGCGUAAAGUAUGCGGAAAACCGCUAUGAUUUAUUCAAAUUGAGUAUAAAAAAUAGAUUGACUCAGAAUCAUAUUUCUCCUGCAAGAAUAUCUAAUAUUAAUCUCGUUUUUGAAGAUCGAAAUAUCAAAGCAUUAGUGACCUUUUUGAAAAUUCCCAAUAUUGAAGAUAGUUUACAAAAAGAAACAAUAAAAUUAUCUCAGAGCACAGUUUCAAGCUUGUAUCAAGUUCCUGCAGAUUCAGUUGACGAUUGUCUUUACAAACAAGCUAGACUCGAUUAUGACCCAGAAGCAAUAGUAUUUUGUUAUCAAGACACAAGGUCAAGUAUUUGCGGUCGAAUUAAAUCUAAGGAAACGAUUGUCAAGGAUGAAAAUGGUACAAUUUGUGAUGUAUUUUAUCCAACGCCAAGUUAUUCUCAAUUCGAAAAGCAAGUUAUUCUUGAUAAGCUGGAAGAUUUUAUUCGUCAUAUCAAAUUUCAAAUUUAUCUAUCCGGUGAAGCUUACAUAUUUUACAGUUCCACAAAAGUUGUCGACAUAACUAAUGGGUUGCAACAAAAUAGAAACUCUUUCGUAUUGGUUGCAUCGGAAAAGAAAUUGAUAGAUACUGAUGUUGAUGUCAUAUUGGCUAAAGAUAUUUCGAAUCUUGGUGAUUGUUAUCGUACUUGUGCUCAUGAUGAUGUCAAUCUUUGUGAGACUUUCGUUUAUUGUCAAUAUAAAGAUAAAUCUUCUUGUUAUACAUCAAAUAUGAUCUAUGCUAAUUUAUCCAAACGAACGACAGAAGAUGAAUCUUGUAAAAUCUACUCAAAGAACCGACUAUUAGAUUACAUUAAGAUAUCUUCAAGAGAGUUUAAACAAUCAACUAGCAUCGAUGUUCCGCUCGAUGAUUGUGCUUCAAUGUGCAGUUCAUCUGAUGAGUGUUUCUCAUUCCAACAAUGUGGUGGUUCUUGUACUUUGAGUGGCUUUUAUACUGAUUCGAUAUCACAGGAAAGUUCUGAUUGUAAUGUUUAUAUUCCGAAAGUCUCUCAACAAUUUAUAUCAACUGGACGGAAAAUUGUUGCUGAAGUUUUUCACACUGAAGUUAACCUAAAUUUGGAUCAAUGUGCUGCUCUUUGUCACAGUUGGACAAAUACUGGUGAAUCUUGUGUAUCAUUUAACUAUUGUCCUAAAAAUGGUGAAAUAAGCUCAUGUAGCUUAUCAAAAUAUUCGACCAACGAUAAAUCAGUUACUUUGAUUAAUUCAGGUGAUUGUAAAAAUUAUCAGUACAAAAAUCUAAAAGACAAAAAUCAUGUGUAUCAAAAAGCUAUGACUGGAAAGAUAAACGGAGGAGCUGCAUUCGUCUUGAUCAUUUUUUUCAUUAGUAUUGGACUUUUGUUUGGAUUCAUUUUCCCGGUGCUCAUCUAUGAAAAAUUAAAGGGAACGAUCACGCGACAGUUGAAUUCAGAGUCUGCUACAGAGCAAGAAGUUAAUAUAUUCAGAUGGACAAACAGAAAUUGAUCAAACUGUAUUGAAAAAUAAUCAUUCUUAUAUUGUAUUAAUUUUUUCUAGAUUCCAGUUUACUUUAAACUGCUAAAAAAUAAUUAAACAGUAAAAGAACAAGUAUUGGACAAUAUUUUAUGAAAAAAUGAAAAAGCUGAUUAUAAAAUUUUAUAUCGAAGAAAAUGAUUAUCAAUUCGAUAUUCUUUUCGAAUGCGUUUGAAAAGUGUUCCGAAGCAACAUUC